AUAAAUAAUAGCAUGCGUUAGGUUGGUAUGGUCGUCCACCCCAUUUCAUUACAAUUUAUUUACAAACCAAAGGAGGGGUCGUCUCUCUCCUCACAUCUCUCCACUCCACGGGGUUACCUGAGAUCACACAGAAAAGAUGGUGAAGGCUGUUGCUGUGCUGGGUAGCAGUGAGGGUGUUAAAGGCACAAUCUACUUCACGCAAGGAGGGGAUGGUCCGACAACUGUGACUGGAAGUAUCUCGGGCCUCAAGCCCGGACUUCAUGGAUUUCAUGUUCAUGCACUUGGCGACACCACAAAUGGUUGCAUGUCAACUGGGCCACAUUUCAAUCCUGCCGGGAAUGAACAUGGCGCACCUGAAGAUGAGACCCGCCAUGCUGGUGAUCUUGGAAAUGUGACUGUUGGCGAGGAUGGCACUGUUAACUUAAAUAUUGUUGACAGCCAGAUUCCGCUUUCUGGAUCUAACUCCAUUAUUGGCCGGGCAGUUGUUGUUCAUGCUGACCCUGAUGAUCUCGGAAAGGGUGGACAUGAGCUUAGCAAGACCACGGGAAAUGCUGGCGGGAGAGUUGCUUGUGGAAUUAUUGGCCUUCAGGGAUAGAAGGUCUCUUCUCGACAUCCAUGAAGCUGGUUCUGGAACAAGAUAAAUUGUGUAUUGCAAGAGUCUGGUAUUUUCCCUUUCGCGUCGAGUUGAGAGAAACACGUGAUACUUUAAAUAAAGGGUGGUUUGAUUUAGGAUCGGAGUUUGCCGAGUUAUAAUGUUGUCUGUGCUAUUGCAGUUCAAGACUUCUAUGUUGUCAUGUGGUUUUGUGUCAUGCUAGUGCUGUUGUAAGCUUUGAUUUCAUGUUCUAAGAUGAGGAUGGUUUGAUAAAUCUUGCUGCAGUAUUCAACUUACCUGCUACCUCCUGUACUGCUAUCAUACCAAGGGUCAGUUUGGCCUUGCUGUUGUUGGAUGGAAUGCUGUUUUAUCUUAUAA